GAAUUAUUGGUCGUUAUGGGCUUACGGGGAAACAGCAGUGAUGUUUUCUCCCGAGUGAUACCGUCUCUGCCUGGAAAGCGAAGUUGUGAUAAGCUUGCCCAUUUGAAGAAAGAUGUACAGGAGAAUCUCAUUUGUCCAAUUCGGCAAUUGUCCGAUGGUCAGAAAUGCCGCGUUGUGUUUGCGUGGUUGUCCUGGCAGGCCCCGCACAUGCUUUUCCUGGACGAACCUACCAAUCACUUAGACAUUGAAACAAUUGACGCACUGGCUGAAGCUAUUGUAGAGUUCGAGGGUGGAAUGGGUGUUUUCGAGAUGAGGUAUGCCCAGCUCGUGAUGGGGCCAGCUGGCAGUGGGAAGUCCACGUAUUGCACGAACGUGCAACGUCAUGCUGAAGACUCGAAACGAUCCAUUCACGUGAUCAAUCUUGACCCGGCUGCGGAACGCUUCGAUUACGUGCCUGCUCUGGACAUACGUGACUUGAUCCAGUUGAGCGACGCCAUGGAAGACGAAGAUCUGAUGUUUGGUCCGAAUGGAGGCCUGGUUUUCUGCAUGGAGUACCUCAUCAACAACAUCAAGUGGCUUGAAGACGAGUUGGGUUCGGGCGAGGAUGACUAUUACCUCCUGGAUUGCCCGGGACAAAUAGAGCUUUUCACCCACAUGAAUGUGAUGCGAACCCUGGUGGAACACUUGGAAGAUUGGAACUUCAGAGUUUGUGGAGUUUUUGUGCUGGACGCGAAUUUCGUCUUGGAAAAUUCUAAAUUCAUAUCAGGGUCUAUGGUCGCUCUCGCCGCAAUGGCAAACUUGGCGAUUCCUCAUGUGAAUAUCAUCACGAAAAUGGAUCUCCUGUCGAAAAGUUCGAAAAAGAGGAUAGAGAGGUAUCUUGUUCCUGAUUCAGAGGAGCUGCUUGGGACGAAUGUUCCAAAGACCCGGUGGGAAGAGAAGCACAUGAAAUUGACUGAAGCAUUGGCCAAUGUCAUAGAAAGCUUCAGUCUUGUUCAUUACAUUCCGCUGGAUAUUUCCGAGGAGGAUAGCAUAAAUGACCUUUUAUUAACCAUAGACAAUUGUAUGCAGUAUGGCGAGGAUCUGGAGCCGAAAGUUCGCGAUUUUGAUCCUCCAGAAGAGGACGAUUAAAGGUUUUUUUAAUGGAUGCUUGAAAUUUUAAAAUUUAUUUCCCGGAAAAUUGAUCAAACAUUGUCAUAGGUUCUGAUGAAUAAUGCUACUGUUUACUGUUUAUCACGUAUUAGGGGUCUGACAAAUGAUCUCGAAAGAUAAAUUGAAACGUCAUACGAUUGAGCUGAGAAGCAAGUUUUGUUCAGAAAAAGGUUUUGCACAAAAAAAAUCAGAUGUCUUUGACAUAUUUUUCAGAAAAUGUUUGCAGAAGUCCCCGUGGCAGGUUUCUGCUCUUCACUCAGCAGACGUGGCGCCCAUCUCGCAGCUUUUUUGUUUACUCCAGCUUUCCCUUCAGAAUUCUUAAAAUUUACAUCAUGAUUUCGUCAAGAGAAGCCAUGUAUGAUGAGAAUGUGGCGGUUGCUAAUGAAAAAGGCGAAACUACCGUGGAAAACUUGAGGCCGUGUGGAUUUCAAGAAUUCUGAAGAAAAAGCUGGGCUACGCAAAAAAGCAAGAUGGACGCAUCCUCUUUUGAUCGAAGAUCAGAAAGCUGUCAAGGAUACUUCUGCAAAAAAGUUCAGCAAAAAUAUGUCAAACAGGCCUGAAUUUUGUUUUUGCCCGAGGAAUGUUUUUUCUAAACAAUAAUUGUUUUUCAACUGAAUUGUAUGCUUUAUCAAUAUCUAUUUCGAGAAAUUUUACUAGACCCCCUCUUAUGCUUGGAUGUUAUUUUAUUUUUGGUUGAAAGCGCUAAUUUCAUGGCGAUUAAGGUGAAGUUAUGUGAUUUUAAAUUCCGUUGAAAGUUUCAGAAACUCAUGGAUACGCCGACUAAUGCAUUAACGUUUUAUAAAUAUUUGAGAGGGAACAAAAUAAUUUUUUAAGGUUAGUACGGUCAGUGAAAAGAUGGGAAGGGAUAGAAUGAAAGAGAAAUGGUUUGUUUUUCAAGUUGCCUUGAAAUUCCAUAGCGUGAAAGUGACAAUUCAGCGUUUUGUCUUUCCGGUGAAGUUGAAAGACGUUUUACAUCUUCACUAAAAUUUGCGCGUCUGUUUGAGAUCCAUUUCUUUCAACUGCUAGCUGUGAUAUUCAGAAACAUGAAGG